ACGAAGGUGAGUGCUGAUGGCCUGCUGAGGCUUCGCGGUGCACGAAGGAGCGUUUCUGACCGAAUUACUGCUGUUUUAGACACAUUAACCCACCGCAUUUCAUUUCAGUCGGUUUGUCCACAGUGUUUCUGAUCACCAGAAGACCAGUUAGUGUCUAGGAAAAGUGGAAAGACGAUGAGCAACCCACUGAGGGGAGAAGUUGUCAGAUUGUACAAAAAUCUUCUCUAUCUUGGAAGAGAAUAUCCAAAAGGCACGGUGUACUUCAGAGAGCGCUUAAAAGUGGCUUUUAUGAAGAACAAAGAUGUUACAGACCCUGAGAAGAUCCGAAAACUGAUUGAUCGGGGGGAGUUUGUCAUUAAAGAACUCGAGGCCCUCUAUUUCCUUAGAAAGUACAGAGCCAUGAAGAAACGCUAUUAUGACCCAGAACACUGAUGCCCUUAUCUCUUCACGUCUAGCCAAUGGGAUGAAUGAGAAAAAAAAACACACUCCCUUAAGACCCUGUGCCUGGCCGUUUUUCCAUUCUAAAGAAGGAUGGAAUCCAGGGGUGAUGGGUGCAGCAUUAAUGUACCAGUGUUACAGUUCUGAUUGUAUUAUUUUAUGUACUGUGUGACACAUAGUUUGUGUUUCUAUUGCAUAGAAGUGGCCAAUCAAGUCGUGCUAUAUUUUGAGUGGGAAGACAAAUAAAAUUUCAGUGAUCUGUAUUGUUUGUUUAUGAUGGCUCCAUUUUAAUGCAUAUCACUGUCAAAACAGAUGUUACACAUGUUGCUGUAUUACUCCAGCUGGAUUCAGUUUUGUUAGCUUUGCUAUCUGUUUUGUAAGUAACUGACAUGUACCCAUGCUUGAUGUUGGACAGAAGCUAAUACAGAAAUAAAAGCAUAUUUUAGUAAUA